ACAUGAAUUUGGACUCCAUUCAUCGAUUAAUUGAGGAAACACAAAUCUUUCAGAUGCAACAGUCUCUGAUUAAAUCACGCAGUUGCACAGUAGCCCCCGGUUCCUCCCCCAAGGACACUUGUAACACUUGCUUGCCCCUCCACGAGCCGCAGUCUCAUGCCAUCCACAAUGUCUGUGCUCGUGCACUUCACACCAACGAGUGGGACAUUUGUGAGGAACUUCGCCUCCGAGAGCUUGAGGAAGUCAAGGCCAGAGCUGCGCAGAUGGAGAAGACCAUGAGGUGGUGGUCAGAUUGCACGGCCAACUGGAGAGAGAAAUGGAGUAAAGUUCGAGCCGAAAGGAACAGUGCCAGGGAAGAAAGUCGACAGCUCAGAAUAAAAUUAGAGAUGGCGAUGAAAGAACUGAAUGAACAGAGAAAGAAACAGAGUCCACCACUUCAAAAGGAGCCCUUAGCCGCUGAUGUUACUUGGGACUUGAAGCCCCUCGGCUUCGUAGGAUUGUCCAGUGAACGUGGUGAUGAACUGCCAGCCAGGUCACAAGCAUGUGAGCAUAUGGCAGAGUGUUUGGUGAGAAGGCAAAGUUCUGUUGGGGAGAGUGUGAAUAAUAAGGAAAAUGUCGUUAUCAAUCCAUUAAGAUUAAAUGAGGAGAUGAAAUCCAAUCUAGAUAGUCCUGAUUUGUUUAAGAAAUGUGGUUCUGGAAAUUGUGCAGUGAAACCUGAGCUAAGAUUGCAGGCAAUCAGUCUGCCUUUGGAGACGGAAGUAACUGACAUGUCAACUUUGCAGGUGCAUUUGGACGACUUCCAGAAAAUCCUCUGGAAGGAAAGAAAAAUGCGUGCAGCUUUGGAAAAACAAGUAGCGCAACUUGAAUCAGAAUUGUCGUUGUGGAAGCGGAAGUAUGGAGAGCUGAAUGAAUCGAAGCCGCCAAGUGUGCCGGAGGUAUGGGAACAUGAUGAAACAAAUCAGUUAUCAGGACAACUGGAGGAAGAAUCUGAAUCUCAAAAUAGCAAGGGUGAAGUGGUCUGUGAAGAGCGGUGGUGUCUGGAGAGAUUGCAGGCUGAAAAUACUUUGGAGUGGGACAAGCGAGAAAUAAUUGAAAUGGAAAAACAAGGACCGGAGAGAGAAAAUAGAAGGCUAAAGGUCCAGGUGAAUGAAAUGGAAGAGCUGCCGGUCGGGAAAUGCAGAGCGAGUUCCAAUUCUCAAGGCCCUGAUUUCAACACAUCACAAAUUGAACCUCCAGAAAAAGGCAAGGAACUGUUGGCCCUUCAACAUGGCUACUACAAACUGAGCAGACAAUACCACGCAAAAAUGGCAGAGCUGACGUAUGCCAACAGUCUACUGGCUGAACACGAGGCGGAAGUGAAGACAUUGAGAUUCCAAGUGGAAGAGUUGAAGCAGAAACUCAACCAAAAAGAAGAUGAGCUUGGUGAUUCCCUGAAUCAGAUCCAUAAACUCCAGAAAUCUCUGGAUGAACAGAAAGAAACAAAUGGAAACCUGGAGGUUGAAAUCAAGCACUUACAAAACCGAGGUGGAGGAAGUUGGAAGUGGAAGAAAAAUGCGUCCUGAAGUGACUGACAGUCCUGCGGUUGUCUCAUUGACCGGAUUUUUGCCAGAAAGGCACAUGUUACAGCGAGUGAGUCUGGAAAUUCUCACUGUCCAUUACAGGUGAAAUGUACACAACUAAAGCUGGAACUAUCGUUACUGAAGAAGAACAUGAAAAUGGACAUUGAGAAUCAGUAUCUGCUUCUGGGAAAAUCAGAUGUGUUUCUUUUUAUUGUGUGGUUUAGUUGUGAAUGGAAUCAUAUGCAUGUUCAUAUAUAUCUACAUAUAUUAUAUAUUGUGUAUUUGAACAUAAUAUUUCUUACAUUUCAGUAUGUGUUAAGCUUAAAGGUAUAGUAUAUUUAAUCAGGCUUUAUUUUCAGAUAGCUAAAAUUUUUCUGUCAAAGUUAUUUUUGGUAGAAAAGUGUAUGUGAAUAAAUGUACCUUAUAGAAAAUGGGUUAAGUUGGUGAGUACAUAAAAGGUAAUAUAUAGUUACAUUAGCCUAGUAAGAUACAAUGUAUAACAUUUGCAUAUUACAUAAACAUUGUAUGUGCUGCAUAGCCAAAACAGUGGAUACAAACUGAAAUAUACAUAAGCAGGUAAAAUGUAUUCGGACAUUUGAAUAGUCAAUACAAAUUAGUGUAGCAUCAUAUUUUUCUACCUUGGGAAAAGUGUCAAUUUCCUUAUAGAAUAGAUGUCUUCUAAGACAAAAAUAUCAGAUUCUAAGCAAUAUUUGCAAGUAGAAAAUCCACACUUUUUCAGCAUGCCUACUAUAUACUUCAUGUACCAUCUGAAUAAUUAAAACACAGUACUUUUAUGUGAUAUUGACAAACAAGAAACACAAAGAUAAACUGUGUUACCUGUGUUCUCAGCAUGAACUGUGCUUUAAAAAAAC